AUGGAUCCUAAAAACGCAACAAUGCUGACAAAUUUUGUUCUCACAGGAAUCACAUAUCAACCAGAAUGGAAAAUCCCUCUGUUUCUGAUGUUCUUGGUGAUAUACCUCAUUACUAUUGUGGGAAACCUUGGACUAACCGCUCUUAUCUGCAAUGACCCUCACCUUCACAUUCCCAUGUACUUUCUCCUUGGGAGUUUAGCCUUUGUGGAUGCUUGGAUAUCAUCUACAGUGACCCCAAAGAUGCUGGUCAACUUUCUAGCCAAGAGUAAGAUGAUAACUCUCUCUGAAUGUGUGACACAAUUGUUUUCCUUUGCAUUCGGUGCCACCACAGAAUGUUUUCUCUUGGCAACAAUGGCAUAUGAUCGCUAUGUAGCCAUAUGCAAACCAUUACUUUAUCCAGUGAUUAUGACCUACAGACUUUGCACCUGGAUGUUAGUUUCAUCAUUUGUAGGUGGAUUUAUUCAUUCUAUAGUUCAUAUAGGGUUUUUAUUCAGAUUAACCUUUUGUAAUUCUAACAUAAUAUAUCAUUUCUACUGUGACAUCAUGCCAUUGUUUAAGAUUUCCUGUACUGACCCUUCUAUUAAUAUUCUGAUGAUUUUUAUUUUCUCUGGGUCAAUACAGGUAUUUACCAUUCUGAUUGUUCUGGUCUCUUAUACACUUAUUCUCUUUAUGAUCUUAAAAAAGAAGUCUCUACAAGGCAUAAAAAAAGCCUUCUCCACCUGUGGAGCCCAUCUGUUAUCUGUUUCUUUAUACUAUGGCCCUCUUCUCUUCAUGUAUGUGCACCCUGGAUCUGCACAAUCACAUGAUCAAGAUAUGAUGGACUCUCUGUUUUACACUGUCAUAAUUCCUUUGUUAAAUCCAAUUAUCUAUAGCCUAAGAAAUAAAAAAGUCAUAGAUUCACUAAGAAAAAUGUUAAAAAGAAAUGUUUAG